CCGAUUUCUAAAAUGCUACCAAACAACCCCGAAUUCAACCCAGCUGAUGAAUAAAGCAAUGCAAGCAAACCAGAUCUAAUCUACUAGUUCAUCAAAAUCCUGGAUAGAUCUCAGUAUAAACAAACCGUUUACGCCUGAGUCUUGACUGCAAAACCCCUGGAUCUAUCUCUUUCUCUCAUCUUGAGUCGAACGACCAUCCCCAACGUCUAGUUGCUGACAGAACAGAUCACCGUAUAUCAUUUCAAUAGAAAGAAGAGCAGACUUUACUAUAGUUCAGAUAAGAUGAAACGUGUUCUUCGAAAUUCGUAGAUCCCAUGUCCUCAAGCAUCAAGAACCCUAUAUUCUCUCCUUACGUGGUCUAGCAAGAAGCUAAGAGCCUGAGCCUAAUGGGUUCUUCGAGAUUCGUCUUGUCUUCGCUCUAAUUCGCCUCUGAUGGGUUCUUCUCAGUCCGUCCAAGUCGACGACAACGACGACGACGAAGAAGAAAACCGUAACGGGGGAGCCGAACGAAGAGAAUUGGAGAAGCCGUUGAUUCAGAAGGUUCUAGAACAGGAACCCGAGGUCCUCCCUUGCCACGCCUCGGCAACUCCCCUCUCUCCCCAGCUAUCAACGCUGGGCACGCCGCGUCUUGGCCCAUCGAUCAAGGUCUGGGACCCCUGCAAUGUUCUUGCGCCACCGCCGCCGCUGCUGCCGCCGCCAAGGUUCAAUAGAAGCUUCUCGUUUGAAGAUGAUCGAACGAUUACGGAAGUUUUCAUGAUUAAUCAUGGUGAAUGCGGCGUCAAUCUGAGACCGGAUUUGAUUGCGGGGCGGUGGCCGGAAGUGGGAUUGACGCCAAAUGGAAAGCGGCAAGCGAGGGCGUUGGCAGUGUUCCUUAAUUCUCGUGGUGUUCGGUUUAGUGCUGUCUAUUCGUCGCCACUGGAGCGGGCUAAGGCAACUGCAAUUUUAGUCUGUCAGGAACUGAAUUUUGCAGAGGAACAAAUACAAUCAUCAGAUGCCCUUCUUGAGAUGAGUGAAGGCCAAUGGGAGGGGUGUCUCCGUUCAGAAAUAUACACACCAGAAAUGGUGAAUAUAAUGGAUGUAAUGCAGCCUGACUUCUCUGCACCAUCUGGAGAAUCGCUUAGGCAGGUGGAAUUCAGGAUGGUUCAAUUUCUUAAUGGCAUGGUCCUCAAACUUCCUGAAAAGCUGAGAACUGAAUAUGUUAUGUCACUCCAUCAGAAUGAGAACAAGGGAUUUGCCUGCCACAAUUUGCAGGUUACGACUCACUCAACUCAAGAUCAAGAUGGUCUUAUGCUCCCACCUCCACAUUGGGAUUUGCUUCACAAGCAAAGACAGAGCCCUUCAAAGAAGAAGUCUGGUAAGAGCAGGCUACAGUUUGUAACUACUACUGGAGAUCCUGAGGUAGAGGAUGAGAUCUCUCCCCGGGAACCUAACAACUUGGACCAGCUUCAUGAUAUGAAUGUCAGAAGCUCUUCCAAUCCCUCCUUUUCAAUUGGUAUUUUCACCCAUGCAAUGCCAAUUAAGUGUCUUCUCACAGGACUCCUGGGGUGUAGCCCGACAAUGGCUAGUAAGAUCUGUAUAGAUGAUUCUUCAAUGACAGUAUUACAGCAUUCAAUAAAAACAGGUUGGCAGAUAAAAACAAUGAAUGAUACAGCACAUCUCAGGCUUCUCUAGGCAAGCCCAAGAGUUAUUAACCAGCCUUCUUUGGCUUCUGCAAAUGGACAAAUGACGUAAAUUACUGUAUUUGGGCAGAGGCUGAUAUUUAUUCGAGUUUUUUAUUCAGUUUUUCUACUGCUGGCUCUUGAUUUUAGCCAGUUGAUUGGUUUUUGGUUCCAUGUCUCUGCUGUUCAUGCUUCUCCUCGGAUCCAAUCAUCCAAGGCUCUGAAAUUUUGGCCAUUCAGUCACUGUCAGGUGUUAUUUAAUUAUCAUCGACAAUACUUAGCAGCUGUGUGUCAUGUAUUUUACAAGCUUCGAAUUCCGCGGUUCAUCCAAAAAAAAAAGCUUCCAACCCCACAGAAUAGGAAAAAGCUGUGUAGAGCUGGAGCUUUCUCAUAUAUGGAGUAAUUCUUUCGAUCUGUAGCAUUACAGCCUUACAGGUGUUGUUUCGUAGACUAUGAGAUGAAAAUAUUGCACAAUCUGGAUGAAAUUAAUUGUAUCGGAAACAGACAAAUUUGCGUCUUAAGAUAUUACAUACAUUUGAUUUGAGUUUGUUGUCGAA